GGAGUCAGGGGAUAUGGUGAGAAGGCAGGAACGGGGUACUGAUUGUGGAUGAUCAGCCACGACCAUAUUGAAUGGCGGUGCUGGCUCGAAGGGCCGAAUGGCCUACUCCUGCACCUAUUGUCUAUUGUUGCUGAUUGGCCACAUUUUAUCAGGUGCAAGCGUGAAACAGCAAUUAGAACAUUUGACACUUCAUCGGCAAUUAACAAAACUUGCACGAAUGGUUAACUCGGAGAUCUGUUUAUUUUGGACAUUUGAUAGUUUUGGAUGAACAGUUUUGGAUAGGAAAGAUAAACGAGUAAAUGAACAAACUAAAGACAUCAGAUUAAAAUUGCGUGGAAAUGUCAUAUUUGUAUAAGUCUCAUUAUUUUGAAAAAACCUAUAACGAAGUCUUGAUCUAAAAACUUUCAACGACAAUCUUUGACGGGUGCAUUUUUUUUAAUUAUUUGCCUUAUCUGCUGAAGAGUAUUACACUGAAACCCCCAGGCUGUGAUCAGCUUUCCGGACUUCCCGACACUCGUCUUUAAAUUGAUUAUUAUAUUCCCAAAUAGCACUGUGCACUUUCAAGCUGAUUUGGGAAAAGCUCUGCUCUUCAGUGAAUAACCGAUUAAAUUAUUUUUGCAUCAUGAGCUACACGGUAUUUACGCGAUAAUGUGAACUCGAGUGUUGUAACCAAAUGUUACUUAAGCGGUUAAUUCCCAGUUGCCGGCUGUGAGAAUCGACGGGCAUUAAGACCAGUCGGUGUACUGGCUGCUGGAGGAUAUUAGCGCUGUCGACUUGCAAGAAACCCCUCAGGGUCUUAAAAAGACAGGAGUGUAGUCACCUGGUGGUCAAGGGCAGUAAAACACAAGUGAAUCAGCCCUUGUCUGCUACAGAUGCUUCUUUCUGCCUACGCUUCCUGCUCUAUCCGUUUGCUGAGAAUGUUAAAAUGAGAGCAUUUCCUCCGGAUCCCUGGUAUUAUCUUGUGAAUAUUAUCAGCUGUCAGCAGUUUCAGCCUGAAGUCAGCUCUGGGUACUGUUUUUAACCGCAGUCGGUGAAAUUGAUCAUGCUAAUGGCUUACAGCUGAUCAGAUAUGAAAUUAGAUACUACAUCAGCAUAAUGGAGAAAGGCUAUCACCAACUGCUGCACUCGCCAGUUUAAGUAUUUGUGUUCCUGUAAAUUGCCGCAUGAUGCCAUACAAGGGAAAUGGUUGUUAAUGAUGCAACGAUUUUCUGCCAUUUAGUUCUUCACUAAAGAAAAAUAUUUUCUUCCGGAAAGAAGGAUUUUCCUUUUUUUUUAAAUCACAGAAGACGUGAUCUACUGGUUUGGGGCAUAAUUUGCGUUUGCAAAAGAAAUCCCGAGGAAGAAAAGUGGUUGGAAAAAAAAUCACUGGAGGCGUGAUCUAUGGGAAUAAGACUGAAAGAGACCCGAACUCAGCGAAGGACGAUGCUGAGUUUGAGCUGGGAAUUGCAAGUCUAGAUUUUACAACUUUCUACUUCUUCCUGCCGCCUCUCCUGCAAUUUGUUACACCAGUCCUGGACCGUAAAGAGUUAAAGAUGACAAGAGAACAGUAUAUCUUGGCAACACAACAUAACAACCUGCAGAGACCGGAAAAUCAGCAAGUCUAUCAAGUAGGAAUUUAUGGGUGGCGGAAGCGGUGUCUAUACUUUUUUGUGCUUCUCCUGAUGGUGACAAUGAUUGUCAAUCUUGCAUUGACAAUAUGGAUAUUGAAAGUAAUGAAAUUCUCAGUGAAUGGAAUGGGAAACCUAAAAAUCACAAAUAAAGGGAUAAGACUGGAAGGCAAAUCUGAAUUCUUUCUUCCAUUAUAUGUCAAAGAAGUUCAUUCACGUAAGGACAGCCCACUGAUGUUGCAGUCUGACAGGAAUGUAACCGUGAAUGCUCGCAAUAACCUUGGACAGAUUACUGGGCAGCUGACAAUUGGUUCUAAUGCUGUAGAGGCCCAGUGCAGAAGAUUUGAAGUAAAAGCAGGAGAUGGCAAGAAGGUGUUAUUUUCUGCAGAUGAAAAUGAAAUUGCUAUUGGAGUUGACAAACUGCGGGUAACAGGUUCAGAAGGUGUAGUAUUUGAACAAUCAGUGGAAACGCCUCAUGUCAGAGCUGAGUCUUCACAAGAGCUCAAGCUGGAAUCUCCCACCCGGACUCUGACAAUGGAAGCCCCAAAGGGAGUAUAUAUCACUGCAACGGAAGGGGGUCUCAAGGCUACCUGUCGAAGAGAACUUGAGCUCCAGUCUACAGAUGGGGAGAUAUUUUUAAAUGCAAAGACAAUCCGAUUGGGAAACAUCCCCCAGGUCUCAGCCUCUUCACCGUCAGCCAGUUCUUCGAACCUGCGUCAGACUGUCUAUGAAGUAUGUGUGUGUCCGAAUGGGAAACUCUUUCUGUCACCAGUAUCAGCGGGUUCCACCUGCCAGUCCAGCAGCAGUGUCUGUUUGCGGAUUUGAGCCUAUUGACGCUGCUGCACUUCUACCACCGUAAAAGCCUUCUUGGUACUAUCCCUUGGCUCUGUUUAACUGUAACAGUGAAUUGGGAACCAUUAUGAAGCUACAAGGCCUCUGCUGGAACAGGGCAGGAGGACAUGGCUGCCUUUCAAACGGUAAUGGACCAGUCAGUGUAUUGACUGUGGGUGAGGACAAGCCUGCACCAGAACAAACUGGAUACCACCCUCCUUCCAGAUGGGGUAAAAUACACAGGUGCCUUUGCUAAUCCAAGUAAAGCACAUAGUUAUAUUUUAUUGUUAGCAGGACCUGGUUAUGAAAGGAAUGAGCAUUUAAUACCACAAAUACGAUAAUGUCAUUUCUCAGAACUUUAGUUUCCUUUUUCACAUUUAACUGGACUUUGGUUUUGUCAUGUAGUUCUAGACAGAAAAAAAACAAGGGAUUCCUAAUUCAUUUUGACAGAACAUUUAAAGUGUGGUAUUUGCAUGUCAGUCAUUUGAAAAGGAAUGAACAAAUCAUUUGUUCAUGUUCCUUUUGUUUUCCAAUGUGUAAAGAAAUAAUUUCAGCUGUAAUGAACACAUUCUUUCUGGGCCUUGUUGGUGAAACUAUAGCUUUGUGAUAUUGAUUAUUUUUGUGAUGUGGUAUAAACCAAAGAAUGGAACAUGUGAUGUAGAUUCCAGACACCGCAGAGUGCAGGUGGUACUAGCCAGCACAACAGCACCAAGAGCAUUUCAGAGACAUUGGUGAGUGAACAUCCAUUUCCUAUAAUUGGUGAAAAAAUAUCCAGAAUUUACAAUCUGGCCGUACCAUACCCAAUAAAUCAUGAACUAUUGAUUCCGAAUCUCAACUUCUUAAAUAUUUGAUUCAAGGAUAAAUCAAAAAUGUGGUGCUCCCUCAACCUCGCACAGCUUGGUUUUGGAGUGGUUCUGCGGAACCACUUAAUUUAAAUUUGUACUCAUCCCUAAAGGACAUCACAUCCCAUCUUUUAUCUGUUACACCAGGCCUGCCAGUUUUUUUUUUCUUUCCUUUCUUUACUAAUCUCAUUAAAGUACAUUUUCUUUAUGUAUGGAAAAUUAAAUCUGAAUGAUAAAGGAAACUAUUUUCUUACACAUUCUAUGCAAAUGUUUGUAAAAUUGCAAUAUUGCCAAAAUGACAAAAGCUGUGCUUUUGUACUCUAUGUCUCUUGCUUUAUGUAAAAUGAAAACAUUUUUUCUACUUAUAAGAGAGGAGCUGUAUGUCUUGUUAACUGUGGCUAAGGGUUGUAAGACCUCAUGUCAGACUCACCAUAACUUCAUGAAUUAAAAACCAGGUUUGAAAAGUUGUCAGUUAAAUUACGUUUGACUUCCAAAGCAAACUUGACUGAAGAGGUUUGGCCACAGUUUGCUUGCAGCAAAAGCAUCUGACUUCAGACAAACCUGUGGACAGUUGGUGAGAGUAAGGCAUUGCAGGAACUGUUUGCAGUAGACUAUGUUAUAUGGCGGAGAAUAUUGGCAAGCCUUUAAAAUGAUUAUCUUAUUCUGCUACAUUUCAAAGAAUGGAUAAAUGAAUGGGGCUAAUGAUAUAUUUUGUGUAGUUUUUGAUAAUAUAUUUAAUAUGAAUAUGUUUAUCACUCCUUGCUUCAAAAGUAAAAUAAGGCAGUUCAGCAAAAUCUGUUUAAAUUGGUCUUUUGUUAUAAUGUCAGCGAAAUGUGAAAAGGGGGAUUGAUAGUGUGAAUGAUUAAUAGUGUGAAUAGUGUGAAUUAAUUCUAAAAGGAAGUGAGCUUUAAAAUCAAUUAGGUUGUUUGAACCCAGUUUUGUAAGUUCAGCUCAUUGCAGCAAACCUGGAUAUCAAUCGUACAGACAUAAAAACAGUAGUCCUACUUUAAAUUUUGGGCAAGUGACUAGUUUUUAAUCUGACUGACUGAUCUCAGUAUAAUGGAAGUGCCCGAUCAAAGUAUCUAAUCAAAUUCAGUAUGAUCUGGCUGAACGAUAGCAUCCUGUCAGUUUUGAAUGUGGCCUUUGUUAUUAUCUGACUAUAUUUACACUGUAAGGAUGCAAUGAAAUAUUGGUCUCCAGUAACUACAAUUAUAAUUGCAUUAUCUAUAUCAUUAGGCUGACCUCACCAAGUCAUGCAUUGCCCGUCUUAAAAUUUAGCUUUAAAAAAACAAAAGUUUUGAUUGAAAUCAACAGAGUACAACUUUUCAAACUUGGUGUUUAAUUUUUUUUUUUUUAUUAUUUCAGUGUUUCGCUGAUUUUUUUGUGACUGUGCAUACAUGUAUAUUUUGGUGAAUUUGGUUGAAAGUAAUGAGUUUUAUUUUCUUCAAGCCACUGUUGUAGACUUGUUCAGUUGGUCUCCAGAGGUGUCCAAGGUUAAAGGGGCACAGGGUCCACUUAAAUAUGGCAGGGAUCCUGACACACCAGACCACUUCUGCUUCCAGGUUUUUCCUUCUUGCUGCAUAAGGGAUAAGAACUCCAUCUGAUCCUUACAGGAUAAACAUCAUUGCGAGUGGUGGUGAUGGGAUCUGAACAUGAACAUGGGGUUGGGUUUAAGAAAUACUCAGUAAAACCACUUCUGUAUUCCUGCUCCAUUAGUACAGGAGGCCAGGACAUUGAUGCAAAAUGAAGAAGAUUCUAAUUGACUCCAGCAGGGUGCGGGGAUUCAACGUUGGUUCCCACACAAGUGGGAGAUUGGCUGACGUUAUGAUGGGUCGAGGGGUGGGAUCUUUUUUGCGGAAUGGGGCAGAGGCAUAAUGUAACCCCUCCUACCUCACAUCUACAAAAGCCAAGCACAUAGUUACUUGCUUACACAGGUGUUGGAGGUGUGGCUUGUGCACCUUACUCGUC